AUCUUGUGAUGUGUACGUGAGAUGGCGUGAUCCUCCAAUUAAAAUGUGGUUUUGUGGUUUGAAACAGAGGCGACAUAUUACCGCAUGAUUCACGCCGAUAAAUCACACACAGUCUCACUCUCUGCAUAGGAAGGGAGGAGGGCCCCGGACAGACAGCGUGGCUGGAAUGUCGCAGCAGUCCAGUCGACCAGCUGCUCCCUACAUCCUCAGGUUGAUCCCUUGACAACAGACGUGCUGGGCUGUCUUUAUUUUCUGGAACUACACAAUUCAAAAGCCACAGCACCGGAGCAUUUAUUGUUCUUGAAGAGUAACGGUUGCAGUCAUGCGUAGCUGGUACAGACGCUGACAGACGACAGAUACCAGCCUGCUUUGCCCCGGCGCCGGGAGCCAUCAGCCGGCCGUUGGGAACUGGAGGGGUUGGCUAGCUGGGCGGAAGACUAGCCAACUAUCAUUAGCCGGGGAGAGCCUUUCAUAGAAGUAUCCUCUGUAGAAAGAAAUUCUUGACAGAAGAAUAAGAACACGCAGGACUGGUUGAGUCCAACACCUCGGAACACUUCGCUGUCUUGACGCCAACUCAGAAGGUCACGGUGUGAAGAUGGAUUGAAACAUGAAGGGUGGAACUGUCCCGUCGUCCAAAUAGGAGGGCGUCUCUCAUAGGUUUUGCUCUGCAGUUUAACUGUGUGACUGAGCUGAGAGACAGAGAGGAAGAUGCCUCCCAGGCCAUCCUCAGGGGAGUUAUGGGGCAUCCACUUGAUGCCCCCCAGGAUUCUGGUGGACUGCCUGCUCCCCAAUGGGAUGAUUCUGACCCUGGAGUGUCUCCGUGAGGCCACGCUCAUUACCAUCAAACAUGAACUGUUCAAGGAGGCCAGGAAAUAUCCUCUCCAUCACCUCCUGCAGGAGGAGACAUCCUAUAUCUUUGUCAGUGUUACACAGGAAGCAGAGCGGGAGGAGUUCUAUGAUGAGACUCGGAGGCUCUGUGAUCUCAGACUAUUCCAGCCCUUCCUCAAGGUCAUUGAACCAGUUGGCAACAGAGAGGAAAAGAUCCUCAACAGAGAGAUUGGUUUUGCCAUUGGCAUGCCUGUGUGUGAAUUUGACCUUGUGAAGGACCCUGAGGUUCAGGACUUCAGGAGAAACAUCCUGAAUGUUUGUAAAGACUCUGUGGAGUUGAGAGAUGCCAGCGGGCCCCACAGUAGAGCGCUAUAUGUUUACCCACCAAAUGUAGAAUCUACACAGGAACUUCCCAAGCACAUCUAUAGCAAAUUGGACAAAGGUCAAAUUAUUGUUGUGAUUUGGGUGAUUGUUUCUCCGAAUAACGACAAGCAAAAGUAUACGCUGAAGAUCAACCACGACUCUGUGCCUGAACAGGUGAUUGCAGAGGCCAUUCGUAAGAAGACACGCAGCAUGCUGCUGUCCCCAGAGCAGCUAAAGAUGUGUGUUCAGGAAUACCAGGGUAAAUACAUCCUCAAAGUUUGUGGCUGUGAUGAGUACCUGCUGGAAAAGUACCCCAUCAGCCAGUAUAAGUAUAUCCGUAGUUGCAUCAUGCUGAGCAGGAUGCCUAACCUAAUGCUAAUGGCUAAAGACAGCCUAUACAGCCAGUUGCCUACAGACAACUUUGCCAUGCCAUCAUACUCUCGACGCAUCUCCACGGCAACAUCCUAUAUGAACGGGGAGGCAGCUGCCAAGUCACUGUGGACCAUCAAUGGAACUCUACGAAUACGAAUCCUCUGUGCCACCUAUGUUAAUGUGAAUAUACGGGACAUUGACAAGAUAUAUGUGAGGACAGGUAUUUACCAUGGAGGUGAACAGAUGUGUGACAAUGUCAACACACAGAGAGUGCCCUGCUCUAACCCCAGGUGGAAUGAGUGGCUCACUUAUGAUAUGUACAUCCCAGACAUCCCUCGUGCUGCCAGACUCUGUCUGUCCAUCUGCUCUGUUAAGGGCAGGAAGGGAGCCAAGGAGGAGCAUUGUCCACUAGCCUGGGGUAAUGUCAACUUGUUCGACUACACUCACACUCUCGUGGCCAGCAAGAUGGCUCUGAAUCUCUGGCCUGUCCCUCAUGGCCUUGAAGACCUCCUCAACCCCAUAGGGGUCACCGGAUCCAACCCCAAUAAGGAAACGCCAUGUCUGGAGCUGGAGUUUGACCACUUCAGUAGUCCAGUUAAAUACCCUGAUAUGAAUGCAGUAGAGGAUCAUGCAAACUGGACCAUCUCAAGGGAACUGGGGUUUAACUACAACCUCUCUGGACAGAGCAACCGUGUGGCCAGAGAUCACGCUCUGACAGAGAGUGACACUGAGCAGUUGAGACAACUCAGUAACAGAGACCCUCUGUCUGAAAUCACUGAACAGGAGAAAGACUUCCUUUGGAGACACAGGCACUACUGCAUGAACAUCCCUGAGAUCCUUCCCAAAAUCCUUCUCGCUGUCAAAUGGAACUCCAGAGAUGAAGUAGCACAGAUGUACUGUCUGCUAAAGGAAUGGCCAUCUAUCCGUCCUGAGCAGGCCAUGGAGCUGUUGGAUUGCAACUAUCCAGACCCCAUGGUCAGGCAGUUUGCUGUACGCUGUCUUGACAAAUACCUGACUGACGAUAAACUGUCCCAGUACCUCAUCCAGCUUGUGCAGGUAUUAAAAUAUGAGCAGUAUCUUGACAAUCCUCUGGCCCGUUUCCUCCUCAAGAAGGCCCUGACCAAUCAAAGGAUAGGGCAUUUCUUCUUCUGGCAUCUCAAGUCAGAAAUACACAAUAAAACAGCAAGUCAGAGGUUUGGGCUGCUGUUAGAGGCUUAUUGCAGGGCUUGUGGCAUGUACCUCAAACACCUGAGCAGGCAGGUAGAAGCUAUGGAGAAGCUCAUUAACCUUACUGACAUCCUUAAACAGGAAAAGAAGGAUGAGACUCAGAAGGUCCAGAUGCGGUUUCUUGUGGACCAGAUGAAGAGACCAGACUACAUGGAUGCUCUGCAGAACUUCACCUCUCCUCUCAACCCUGCACACCAACUGGGAAACCUGAGGUUAGAUGAAUGCAGAAUUAUGUCAUCAGCCAAGAGGCCAUUGUGGUUGAACUGGGAAAAUCCUGACAUCAUGUCUGAGCUGCUCUUUCAGAACAAUGAGAUAAUCUUCAAAAAUGGAGAUGACCUGCGGCAAGAUAUGCUGACGCUGCAGAUUAUUAAAAUAAUGGAGAAUAUUUGGCAAAAUCAGGGACUGGACCUACGGAUGCUUCCCUAUGGCUGCCUGUCAUUGGGAGACUGUGUGGGUCUUAUUGAGGUGGUUCGAAGUUCCCACACCAUCAUGCAGAUUCAGUGUAAAGGGGGCUUGAAGGGAGCUCUGCAGUUCAACUCAAAUACUCUGCAUCAGUGGCUCAGAGACAAGAACAAGGGCGAGAUGUAUGACAUGGCUGUGGAUCUGUUUACAAGGUCCUGUGCUGGCUACUGUGUAGCUACAUUUAUCCUUGGGAUAGGAGACAGGCACAACAGCAACAUUAUGGUCAAAGAUGAUGGACAGUUGUUUCAUAUAGAUUUUGGCCAUUUCCUGGAUCAUAAGAAGAAGAAAUUUGGUUACAAAAGAGAGCGGGUUCCCUUUGUUCUGACCCAGGACUUCCUCAUCGUCAUCAGCAAGGGAUCCCAGGAGUGCACCAAGACCAAAGAGUUUGAGAGGUUCCAGGAGAUGUGUUAUAAAGCCUACCUGGCCAUCAGGCAGCAUGCUAACCUCUUCAUCAACCUGUUCUCUAUGAUGCUGGGCUCGGGCAUGCCUGAGCUGCAGUCAUUUGAUGACAUUGCCUACAUUAGGAAGACACUGGCCCUAGACAAAAGUGAGCAGGAGGCGUUGGACUACUUUAUGAAACAGAUGAACGAUGCUCACCAUGGAGGAUGGACCACCAAGAUGGACUGGAUAUUCCACACAAUUAGACAGCAUGCACUAAACUGAUCUCCCACACACAAACAAUGCCCACCAGUCCCGUCAUGGAGUAUUUACUUCUGUCAACCAAAUGCAGCAGCUUUUUCCUGUUCUCUAUUACAGCACACCAUGAACAGUGCACUGAUGAUGGAUGCUUUCAGCUUGAAUAUUUUUAACACAAAUACCGUUACAGGUUGGUGUUUUUUUUUUUUUUUUUUUUUUUUAUUUUAUCCUAUCACCUGCUUUUUUUCUGUGGGCCUGAUGGUGUUCUCGCACUGCCCUCUGCUUGUUUUGGGGACAGCAGAGUGUUUUCCUCAUGCCCUGGUGAAGAUGUGCCCUACUUGGCUGAUGCUUGUCUUUGGCCACUAUGCUUCCUUACCAAGCAAACUUGGUAAGAAGAUUUCACCCCCUACUAUGCUGCUCUGCAGUACAGAGAAGAUGAACUUGCCAAGCUAUAAAUGUAGCCACAAAGUAAGUCUGACUGCUGCAUUCUGCUGUAUUAGUGCUGCGUUGUGGCUCCACCCCAGAAAGGAUGUGCUUGGGAAACCUUUUUUUUAUCUUAUAAAAAAGCAGUGGCAAGGAACCAUCUAAAUUACCUUAAAUAUUACAAGUGUUCACCAAAUUUGGUGUACAGUGCAGGAUUAGUGGCGUAUGGGGACUUCUGUGAUGACUACCACUGCACAGUCUUCCACCAUUUUUGUGGUGAAAUUGUCCUUCAGAGCUGAUACGGCAUCAGUUUUUCCACCUUUUAAACCUUUGUGAAGAAAUUUCAAAGCUCAAAAACUACAGGAGAGGAGUGGCUGGGUUGUUUGCACAGCUCUACAGUCUCCCAUGGCCUCAAUGAAACAGCACUCCAUCCUUGGGAACAUUUGUCUGUGGUGCAGCUUUAGACUCUUGCAUAAACUUCAGGGUGAUGAUGCCACUCUAUCCAAAAACAGCACUUAUUAAAAUACCAGAGUAAUA